AUGUUUCCUGCAGAGAACUUGAGUGUUUUUUCUGCAGCAGGUCGCUGUCCAAACUGCAGCUCCUCCAUCCACCCAGAGGUAGAUGUAGCCAAGGCAGUUGUUUUGGGGAUAGUGCUGGUGGUUUUUCUAGUGUUUGGGGUCCUCGGCAACAUCUUGGUCAUCCUGUCUGUGUUAUUCCACCACCACUGGCGCUCCGUGACACAUUACUUCAUUGCCAACCUGGCAGCAGCAGACCUCCUGCUCAGCUCUGCUGUCCUGCCCUUCUCCGCCACCUCAGAGGCUCUCGGCAGGUGGGUGUUUGGCCGCUCCUUCUGCAGCGUGUGGGCUGCUCUGGAUGUCCUCUGCUGCACUGCCUCCAUCCUCAGCCUGUGCGUGAUUUCUAUUGACCGUUACCUGGCUGUCAGCUACCCUCUGCGCUACCCUGCUAUAGCUACCGGGCGGCGAGGCCUGACCGCAGUGGCUGCUCUCUGGGGACUCUCAGCAGCUAUAUCUGUUGGCCCUCUAUUCGGCUGGAAAGAGCCCGACCCAGAGGAUGAGACGGUGUGCCGUAUUACAGAGGAACCUGGCUACGCCCUGUUCUCAGCCUUAGGAUCUUUCUAUAUACCACUGGUCGUCAUCCUGGCCAUGUACUGUCGUGUAUAUACUGUGGCAAAGAGAGAGACCAAAACCCUCAGGAAAGGGAGGAAGGGAAAAGGGGUAGAGAUGGAGGGGGUGAUGCUGAGGAUACACAGAGGGAACGCUGCUCAGACAGGAAAGCAGGAGGAUGGCGAGGGGACCGCAAUGCAUAAACGCUCCUCCUUUUCCCUGCCAAGGCUGCUGAAGUUCUCAAGAGAAGAAAAAGCAGCCAAGACUCUUGGCAUUGUUGUCGGCUGCUUCAUUAUGUGCUGGCUGCCGUUUUUCCUGGUUUUGCCCAUCGGAUCCAUCUUCCCAUCCUAUAAGCCUCCUGAAACCAUCUUUAAAAUAACCUUCUGGCUGGGUUACCUCAACAGCUGCAUUAACCCCAUUAUCUACCCGUGCUUUAGCCAGGAGUUCAAGAAAGCCUUCCACAGCGUGCUGCGUGGGCAGUGCCUGAGAACCGGUGUGCCGACUACUUCUCAACCGCAAGGACACAUCGCUGCCCAGGCCUCCAGUCCAGGCCCGGUCCAAGACCCUGUCACACUUUCUUCCUGGACCUGCUGUAGGGUACUGUCGACCUCAUCCUCAUCUGUCAGUGGUCUAGACCAAUCUCACAGUGCGCAAGUCCAGAGCAAGAGUCUGCUGAAGGCAUGGUGUUUCUCAGCGAGUCAAACUCCAAUACCAGAGACGGCCUCCACUCACAGAUCUGCUAAGGUCUUACACCUUUCCCUUGGCAUUUCAGGAGAGGCUGUUUGA